AUGCCGGCGAUCAUGGACCGGACAUGGCGGUUCGUGGAGAACAUCGAGGCGCUCACCAUCAGUCGCGAGGAGGUGCAUCUGCAUGAUCUAUCCAAGGCCAGCAGAACGAAAUCGUGUCUCUUUGGCCUGCUGACGGCGGCGUACCGAAGAGGUAGCGGCCUGCAAACCUUCUUGACCAGCCCUAGAGAGAUUUUCCACCGGCGAGACCUAGCCCAUCGGCUCCACCAUCAUCUGGACGCGGUGGUCGAGCAGAGGUUCCACGGAAAGAAGCAGGCCGCGGGCAAAGGCAGCGAAAAGAAAUGCGCCCCAUCGCGCACAGGCCUCCCCCUCAGUCUGGAAUAA